UGCGUGUACGCGCAAGUGUGUAUCCAUCUCGACCCGCACAGCCUUCAACCUGAAUCAUAGCAGAAGGGGGGAAAAUGGACGGAGUGGGGUCUUUCGGCGCUGGAAGAGCUGGGGCUGAAUUCGACCCCGUCUCUUUUAUACAACAACCGCAGACCAUUCUUAGGAUAUUAGCAUGGAUUUUCUCAAUGGUGGUAUUUGGCUCCAUAAUAAACGAAGGCUACGUUAACAUCGGAAGUGAGACUCUCCAUUGUGUUUUCAACAAGAACAAUGAUGCCUGCAAUUACGGUGUCACCAUUGGGCUCAUAGCCUUUUUGGCAUGCAUCUUCUUCUUUGUCCUUGAAAUGAGGUUCCAACAAAUCAGCAGUGUUAAAGACAGGAAGAAGGCAGUCUUGCUGGAGAUUGCAUUUUCAGGUUUGUGGACAUUCCUGUGGUUUGUUGGUUUCUGUUUCUUGGCUAACCAGUGGCAGCGCACCACACCAGACAAGCUGCCACUGAACCAGGGAGCUGAUGCAGCCAGAGCUGUCAUAGCUUUCUCCUUCUUCUCCAUCUUCACCUGGGCUGGUCUGACUGUGAGGGCUGUGCAGAAGUAUCUUCUAGGGACGGACAUGUCCCUCUUCACCACAGAACAUCUGGAUGGCAACCAACCUAUCCAGCCUUACCCCACUGUGCCCGGCGCAGAGACCACUGAUGACUACCAGAGCCCACCUUUCGUUGAGAAACCAGACUCCAACGCCCCGACUUACCAGGUGCCAAUUUACUAGAGGUGCCGAUCAGGAUCCAUGUGCAACGUAUCAGAUCCGUCAAAGGUAGUAUGAAUGCAGGAAGAUGCUCUGGCCUUUCUUCAAGCUGACAUGGUGUGACAGUGUUCAUAGGUAGUGCUGUGCUGUGACCUUCUGUACAAGAGUUUGUCGAUUGUGACUUUUUUUUUUUUUUAUUUAAUUUGGGUCUAUAUGGAUAGUUAAACAUUAAUUUAUGAGGUUGAAUCGGAGGGGAAAUGAAAUAAGACAUUUCUUCUAUGUAUGACAGGAUCUAUCCGUCCAGGUCACCAAAACAAGGAAACGUCAGCUACGUUUUUAAGAAAUUAACAGCAGAACCUUACAAGCGGCGUGGGAUUAAAAACGUCAGCGCUGUUUAACCUAUGGGAAAGAAAAAAAAAUAUGCAUGUGCAACAUAUUCAGAAAGCGUUUAACUGUCAUGCAUCAAAGCUAACUUGAAACAUAGAAUACACUGAGUGUUUAUGUGGCGAUAUGAAGUGCAAUAUUUAUAAUAUAUUAAGUAUGAAAGAAGUCUUCAGAUUAUAUUAAAAGAUGUUUACCAGUUACAACCUGCCAAACAAACUGUACGUUAGAGUGCCGUCUUGCUCAAACGGAGACGCCGUCGUAGGCCUCCCGUGCUGAAGGUUAUCUCAAGCGACGUUUCACUUCAGCGUUCGAUUUAGAGAAGGCAGCGCGAGUAUUCGCGUCUGCAUCAAGAACGCACCGUUCAGUGUUUGUUCAAGGGUACUUUUACUAGGUGUGUAGUACAGAUGGUGUAACCAUGAAAAUAGGGGUUUAAACUCAUACGUCUGGCGUGAAAUAACGAAGCAAGUGACUCACAUUUGAUACUCUUAGGUGCUUAAGAGAAAAACGUCUAUACGAUAAAACUGCAAUCAAGAAAGGCUCAAUUGAAAGGCCAUUAUGAAAACAAUCCCACAGGAUCAUGUUCAUAAAAGCAGAACUAAAAUGAAAUCCUUUUGGAAAAGAUCUUACUCUAAAACGCAGUCUUGCGAAUGCUGAGGAAUAAAUUAAAACAUUAACCGGACAGUAGCGUUUUUAAGUUGUUAAAAUGAUGUUAAAAUGUUUGGUGACCAUCAGUGCUUCGUCUGAUAUGUAGUAGGAUAUCACUAAUGUUUCUGUGUGUUCUCAGAUAGGAAAGCCUACAAAGUGAUAUUGACUGUAAUUCAAUACAUGACCUAAAUGGAGUAUGUUUGUGAAAGUGAUCAGGGUUUUUGUGUUUCUUGUACCAACACUUUAUAAAAAAAAAACAACAAAAAAAAAAAAAACACGUUAUGGACCACUGUUUGCGUACCGAUCAGGUCACGUUUAUUGUGGUAACUGCUAGAAAAAAAAAAAAAAAAUUGCACCAGAAAAAAAAAAAAAAAAACUGAAGACGUCCACUCAUGUACACAAAUCAUUGUAUGUUUUGUGUUUUUUUUUUUAUUUUUAUUUUUUAUUCAUAACCCUCUCAAGUGCAACAUACGCACAAGGCGUAAAGGAUUAUAAAUAUGGCCCCAAAAUUGACGUUACUUUCUACUCUAACCUCUGGCAUCAUAUCCUAUCUUGUAUGUUAAUGCUGUACACAAAAGACUUACUGUUGUCAAUUCUAAUGUGUUUGGACUGCAGUCAUUAAAAUAAAAAAAGAUAUGUUUUUUUUUUCA